AAUUACUAAGUAAUGAACACAUCACUCAAAACUCUUAAUAUGUGAGGAUGUAAAGUCUCAGAAAUAAGGACAACGUAAACUUACAUGUACUUUGAAUUUUUUUAACGACCCUCAUACUGCAGGCAGGUUUCAACAUUUUAGGGUGUAAAAUAUAGAAAUUUAUAAGUUACUGAUGAAAUUCCAGAGCAAAUAGCAUAAAACUCAGUGGAUAUGUUCUUUUGUUCAUAGGAGGAGCACCUGAAGGACACAUUCAAAGAUAUGAGGAUAUAAAUUAUUUUCAGUUUGGAUACAUAACUUUUCCGCAAAAUUCGCACAAAAAUUGACUAGAUUUCAUGGGGAGUUUCAGAACAUUUGAUUAUAUAUUUUUAUAAAUUAAACGCAUUUUUACAAGUGUUUAUGUGUGUGUUAAAUGAUUAAAAUGCAUCUUUAGACCUCUGUAGCAGCAUAUCGUCUAUAAGAGUAAAUAAUGUGACUAACCCUAAUUUCGUGACGCCAUCUUGUUUUCCCUGUCAAGUUACCUUAACAGAAAUGGUAACAAUAUCAGUUUCUAAAAAUAGCUCGGGAAUAUAUAUGACAGGUGCUUCCUGGAACUACAAAGUAGGUCACUGAUAAAAUGUGUUACUGUGAACACCACGAAAAUAAAAUUGUGUAUUUUUUAAAGCAGGAUGAUCAGGAAGGGAUAAAAUUUUGAGGAAAUGGUCAUUUGAAAGGUGAGUUUGUCUUAUUUAUCUUUAAAAUAUGCCUGUUUUUGUUAGACUGUCGAGAACACAUGAUGCCAGGAUAUCAAAGCUAUUGCUUUAAAACUUGCAACACUUGUUCACCAUCAAAAGCUGACUCUGAAAUGUAACUCCGUCCUGCUUUUUGCAAGAAUUAUGGCCCCUUUUGGACUUAGAAAAUAUCAGAUUUCUUGGUUAAGUUUUGUGUUUAGCUCAACUUUUCUCCUUAACGAUCAAAGCUAUUGCUUUAAAACUUGGAGCAGUUAUUCGCCAUUAAAAGUUGACUCUGCACAGCAAGUACUGUAAGUCUACAUUGCCUUUUGCAAGAAUUAUUGGCCCCUUUUGGACUUAGAAAAUCAUUGGUAGGACAAUAUUUCUAUUAUACAAUACAGAGACAAAAAAAUCAGAUGAGCGUCUGCACCCGCAAGGUGGUGCUCUUGUUUUGUUAUUUGCAGCACAGGUGGAGCAGUGAGUGUCAACAACCUGUUGUCUACACUAAACGUGCCAAAAAUCGGCAACAGAAGCAUAAAAAAAUGGAAAGAUGAGCCGGAAAUGUUAUCGAAAUGGUAGCUUUAAUGUCGAGACGGCUGUCAAGAAAACAUUUGACAAAGAAAUGGUGGAUCUCGGACAUGAAGAAUCCAUGGGUUUCUGGAACAGAAUAUGGAGGGUCUUAUUGAAGAUUUUGGAGUAUGUCCUCUACUGGAUUCCUGUCCGGCUCUUAACAUCAAAAAAGACAAGACUUAAAGAAGAAGAGAGACAGUCCUUCAGGAGUCGGUCAAGGCAACGACGACAUUACAGGACGAAGUGAGGCAUUACCUCGAGAAAUGCCAAGGAAUGCCAGAAACCUCGGAAAAGUGUAAGGAAGCUCAAGGAGAAAACGAGUAUCUGAGAAAGUAUUUACAAACUCAGGAGAACAAAUUUGAUAGUUUAAAGCUUAAGGUGGAGGAGGAAAGUAGGAAAAUGAGGAGGGGGCUAAGUCAUGCACAGAGACAAGUAGAAAUCGAGAUGGAAGAAAAGAGAGCUGCAGUUGAAAGGCAGCAGAAUUUGGAGGAAAGAUUGCAGCAUGUAAGGAGAAGAUGUGAGGAGCAUGAAAAAAGAAUUAACCACAGUGAAACAGAACCACUCUAUAAUAUGGGCAACGAGCCGUAACGUGGCCCCUUCCUUGAUAGGGUGUUCCAGAAUCAAGAAAAAAAAACGCCCUCUGUUAAAGGACAGCCCUUGGAUUUUUUCAGAUUACACGGGGCUGUCCAAGAAAGGGGUGGAAUGGAAGAGGUAAUGUUGAGAAUUUGGAGGAAAGAUUGAGGCAGUUGAGGAGAAGAUGUGAGGAAUAGGAAAAAACAAUUGUGAAGCUGCUGGUGGACAGGAUCUUUCUCAAAAUUGACAUAAAAAGAAUAAAAAAGUGAAAAGGAAGAAAAGCCAAAAAAGAAGACACAGUAAUAGUGACACUGAGCUGGAGGAAGAUAGAGAGAGGAAGAAAAGAGACAGAAGAAAAGAAGACGCAUAGAUGACAGUGACA